CACCGCCGUCCGCCCCCCCAACCUGAGUGUCACACAGCCAGGUGUCAGGAGCCAGGAUCCCCCCGCGCCGCCGACACCAUGAGAACGCACGCCGCGCUCACCGCACUGGCCCUGCUGGGCCUGCUGCUCUGCUCCACGCCCUGCCUCCGGGCCGAGGAGGCCGGAGACGCCAAUGAGACGGAGGACGCCUCGCCGGGGAUGGAGGUGGAGGACGGCGAGGAGACGACCGAGGCAGUCGAGGAGAAGCCCAAGAAGGAGAAGACGACGGAGAUCGAGGAGGAGGCGGACGUGAUGGUGCUCCACAGCGUCAACUUUGCGCGGGCGCUCGACGAGAGCCGCUUUCUCUUGGUGGAGUUCUAUGCUCCGUGGUGCGGUCACUGUCAGAAGCUGGAGCCAGUGUACGCGGAGGCGGCGACCACGCUGAAGGGGGCGGAGCUAGCGGUGAUGCGGCUGGCCAAGGUGGAGGCCACCGAGGAGAAGGAGCUGGCGGAGGAGUUUGAGCUGGGCAGCUUCCCCACGCUCAAACUGUUUGUGGACGGGGACCGCAAGAACCCUGUAGAGUACACAGGUAAGAGGACAGCCGAGGGGAUAGUCCAGUGGAUGAUGCGUCGUGCUGGUCCCGGUGCUGCUGUGCUGGAGACCCCCGACACUGCGACUCAGCUGAUCAACACACACAACAUCACCGUAGUGGGCUUCUUCAACAGUCUGGAGAGCGAGGAGGCCAAAGUGUUCAACGGGGUCUUCCUGGACAUGGCAGACAUUGAGUUUGCCGUGACGACCAGCCCUGCUGUGAUGGAGAAGUACGAGGUCAAAGCGAGCUCAGUGGUGCUCUUUAAAAAGAUUGAUGAUGAGAGGGCAGACUAUACAUUGCCUGAAGACGGGAAGCUGGACAGGGAUGAUCUGGUCAUGUUCAUCAAGAACAACAGCUUGGAGCUCAUCAUUCCUUUCAGCGAGCAGAAUGCGGAUAAGAUCUUUGGCUCCAGGAUCCAAACACACUGCCUGCUGUUCUUCAACUCCACGGCCGAGGCUCACUCAGCCCUGCUGGGGGACUACAGGACGGUGGCCAGGGAGUUCAAGGGCAAGGUGCUGUUUGUGACCAUUGAUGUUACGACCAACAUAGCGCACGUCCUCAAGUACUUCGGCCUGUCUGCGGGCGACGCACCCACAGUGCGCAUCAUCAACACCGAGCAUGUGACCAAGUACGCCCUCGGGGCCGGGGAGAUCACCGCGGCAACGCUGCGUCUCUUCUGCCAGGGGGUCCUGGAUGGCACCGUUAAGCCCCACCUCAUGAGUGAGGAGAUCCCCGAGGACUGGAACAAGGGUCCCGUCACUGUCCUGGUGGCCAAGAACUUUGAAGAGGUGGCCUUGGACACCACCAAGAACGUGUUCGUUGAGUUCUACGCCCCGUGGUGUGCCCACUGUAAGGAGCUGGCUCCCAUCUGGGACAAGCUGGGCGAGAAGUAUGCAGACCGCGAUGACAUCAUCAUCGCCAAGAUGGACGCCACAGCCAACGAGGUGGAAUCCGUCAAGGUCUCCGGCUUCCCUACCCUCAAAUACUACCCCGCCGGUGGCAAAGAGGAGGUUGUGUACUCUGGGACUAGGGACCUGGACACACUGUCCACGUUCCUGGACAACGGAGGAGUGUUGCCUGUGAAAGAGAAUAAAGAUGAGGAUGAGGAUGAUGAUGAUGAUGAUGAUGAUGAGGAGGAGGCGACCGGUGAGUCACCACAGCCACCAGUCAAUGAGACAUCGAAAGAUGAGCUGUAACACGCUUCGGUCUAUCAGGAACAAUCUAGUGGUUUCAAUCAAGUGUUUCAUAAUAAAAGCUGUUUGGUUAAUA